AAACCAUGUCAAUUCAUCACACUAAUCUUCACUUUCUCUCUCCUCAAAAACCAGAGAUCUCAUCAUAUUCUCUCUCUUCUUCUUCUUCUUAUCAAUUUCAUCGAUCGAUUAAUUUUCUCAGAAAUCGAUUAAUUUUCUCAGAGAUCUUCAACAAUGGCGGCGGAAAAGAGUUGGGUGAGGUUAGUGACGGCGCAAACGCCGACGAACAUUGCAGUGAUUAAGUACUGGGGAAAGAGAGAUGAAACCCUAAUUUUGCCGAUUAAUGAUAGUUUGAGUGUUACUCUUGAUCCUAAUCAUCUUUGUACUACUACUACUGUUGCUGUUUCUCCUGCAUUUCAUCAAGAUCGUAUGUGGCUCAAUGGCAAGGAGAUUUCCCUAGCUGGAGAUAGAUUCCAAAAUUGUCUGAGAGAAAUUCGUAAACGUGCUAAUGAUGUUGAAGAGGAGGAGAAAGGCAUUAAAAUAGCUAAGAAGGAUUGGGAAAAUUUACAUGUGCAUAUUGCUUCAUACAAUAACUUCCCCACUGCUGCUGGGCUCGCUUCUUCAGCUGCUGGUUUGGCUUGCCUUGUUUUUUCUCUAGCAAAACUCAUGAAUUUAAAGGAAGAUCAAGCACAGCUUUCUGCCAUAGCAAGACAAGGUUCUGGUAGUGCUUGUCGCAGCUUACAUGGUGGUUUUGUCAAGUGGAUCAUGGGAAACAAUGAUGAUGGAAGCGACAGUUUUGCAGUUCAAGUCACAGAUGAGAAGCACUGGGAUGAUCUUGUCAUUUUGAUUGCUGUGGUAAGCUCUCGGCAAAAAGAGACAAGCAGUACAUCUGGGAUGCGUGAGAGUGUUGAGACAAGCUUGCUGCUGAAGCACAGAGCACAGGAAAUAGUACCGAAGCGCAUGAUUCAGAUGGAAGAAGCCAUUAAAAAUAAAGAUUUUCCCUCUUUUGCUCGUCUUGCUUGUGCUGAUAGCAACCAAUUCCAUGCUACUUGCCUGGACACAACUCCUCCUAUAUUUUACAUGAAUGACACAUCUCAUAAGAUUAUUAGCAUUGUGGAGAAGUGGAAUCGUGCUGAAACAACACCUCAGGUGGCAUAUACUUUUGAUGCAGGACCAAAUGCUGUCCUAAUUGCACGUGACAGAAAGACUGCUUCUCUGCUUUUGCGACGGAUGCUUUUUCACUUCCCCCCUGGUGCCGAUGUUGAUCUGAAUAGCUAUGUUCUUGGUGAUAAGUCUAUUCUUCAAGAUGCUGGGAUUAAAGACAUGGAAGAUGUGAAGUCCCUGCCAUCACCUCCAGAAAUCAAGGAUGUCAACUCCAACCAGAAGUAUGCUGGAGACGUUAGUUACUUUAUAUGUACAAGACCUGGACAAGGCCCUAUUGUGCUAUCAGAUGAAAGUCAGGCUCUUCUUAAUCCAGAAACAGGGUUGCCAAAGUGAAGAUGCUACGCUCUCCUUCCUUCCACAAAUAUGGUUUGUUGGCCUUCUAAACACUUGUUAUGUUAAAAAUCAUUCGUUGGACAUGACAAAGAAGUAGCAAUUUCACAUGUAUCUCUUGAUCACAAGCUAUUUGUUCGAAGGAACAAGUAGCACUGUGAAGUUCUCUCACGUGAGCCUCAUGCUGCUAUAAUAUUUGAUUUAGGCAUUGUAGUGUAUGCUCUUUUAGGGUGAAACAAAUUAGGAUUUGAGAUUUUUAUCCUGUAUUGAGGUUUGGAUGUUGAAUCAUGGCCAUGAGAGAAUUUGUUUAUGAUUGAUUUUUUUAGUUUAUGCUAUUUUAGGGUGAAAUAAUUUAGGAUUUGAGAAUUUGUAUUCUUCCACAAAAUGAAAAGAGUACUGUGAGGAGGGUGCCUAAUUACAAAACAAUAAGAUUGAGAAACUGUUUAUUUAUAAUCGAUCACCCAUAUGGGAAACAAUGUCACAAAUUACAGCUUAAUUCAAAACCUGAAGAAGUAAAGAACCAUAAUCAUAUUAUACAUUAAUGAUCUCUCUAUAUUAAGCUUGAUAGGGUUUUUCAAGAAGGCACAAUAGCUAAGUAGCUGGGCAUACAAUUAGAUCAUUCUCGAAAUUUGGCGGAGUUGCAAGUAUUGGAUUUUUGCUGAAAAAGUUAACAGGUUUUAAAUCAAAACCUGAAGUAACUGUUGGCAUGACGGGAAAAUCCUCUUGACAUGGUAUGUGAUGGAAGCCUAAGAUGUACCAAAGUACAAUAUCCUUAUUCUCUAUAGGUCUGCCCCUGCAAAACUCGAAUAAUAUUUGCAAAUUAAUUAGGAACCGAAUGAAUAUAACUUAUGUUAUAUACUUUGUACAUGUUUACAUACCUAUUAGACCAUGUUGCAAGAGUGUCAUCGCCAAACAUACGACCCACCAGCCCACAACUCGCUUUGGUUAUAUGGGGUGACCCAUAUUUGGUUAUUGGUGAAUGCCGCCCUCUUUUGAGGCGGAUCCUCCAAAUCAAGCAAGCUCGCUGCAUUAGCACCCGGAACUAGUUUAUACCCAACCGGAUUUCCAACUUGUGUCUUCUUAUUCGGGUUGAUGAAAUGAAACUCUGAUGGCUCAUAUAGACUAAGUUUGAUUUGUGCAUCUUUCUCAGUCGUAACAACAUUUUUUGUAACUUUUAAGUAACUUUUUCUAGGUGAUUUUCCGGGUGAAGUAUUUUGUCUUUGGAGAUCCACCUUUACAAAUGAGUUAUUCGAAACAUAUAAAUAGUGUAAAAGUCAAAUUGUUCCAAGUAUAAUAAAACGAAGAGUGAACAAUUGGGAGUUGUCUUUAUCAUAUGAAUAUGUAUAUAGGACAAAAGAUUUCUGUUAUGUUGAACACACAGUAAGAAAUUAAUACUCCGUGGGAUUAGGUGGAAAUGUGAGAAAAAACAUUUCAUCAUCACAAAUUCACAAUGGACUGAGUUUGAACCGUCGACGAAGAGCUUGAAUCACCACCAGCAAGCUUAAUUAGCAUUUUGUUAAUCAAGCAAAAGUUGAAGAUCUUUACAUAGCCUCAGGUACUCCUCUAACUAAUUACAGAUGAUUUUUGCUAAGCUACGAGCAACUAACAUGGACUCAAUUCAAGAAGCAGGAUAACAGGGGAGUAUUCUUAAACACGCUAACAUUUAUUUACCAAUAAUUCAAUUCAAGAAGCAGGAUAACAGGGGAGUAUUCAUUUUGAUUUUAGAUAGAUUAUUCCUUUUACUUUACUUUCUUACAAAAAAAAUCUCAUAAACUUUCAAAGCAGCAGUAUCAAUCGUUCAACAAUAGCAACAACGACCAACGGAGCAGCUAGCAAGAAGAAAAGCAAAAUGAAGGACGUCAAAAUGAAAUUAUAGAUAUAUUCGCUAUCAAAAUGAACAAGGAUCUAAGGACUACUUCCUUUUUCAUUGUAAUUCUUGUUGGUGAUCGGGUGACAUGGAUUACAUCGCUCGCUACGACAAGCUCAUCAGGAGGAGCCAUAGUUCUAUAUGCACACGAUAAGGGUAAUUGCUUGGAAACACCAGGUCCUUGUGGUAUGAUCAUGGUUUCAAUUAUAGUUGCCUUCAUCAGUUGGAUACUUAUGACAGUAUCUGCCCAUAUCUUAUUUUGGACUUGGGCUUCUAUUUGAAACUAUGUAUGUAUACAAAUUCUGAUCUCUGUUGUGAUGAUGUAAUUAGUAUUAAGUGUAUUUUUAAACAAAUUAGCAGGUUGGAUUGUACUCGUAUAAAUUAGCUAGUACUACGUAUUAGUGUUGUAUUAAUGAAACCUGAGUGGUGAGUCACUGAGUCCAUCUGGUGACAUGGAAUAGUGGGUUACAAAAUA